AUGGGAUUACCAGAUUCUACUCAAGACUUGUCGUCAGAGAUGGAUGUUGAUGCUUUCAGAAGAAUCUUCCCUCUUCGUUUCUUCGAGCGUCAUCUCUCUGAAUCUCUCCGUCCUGAUGCUAGACCACUUGGCAAAGCCAGAGACACCAUUGUAAACCUUGGACUUGUUUCAACGGCUGAUGGAUCUGCUCUUGCCAAGAUUGGUUCCACAACUAUGCUCGCUGCUAUUAGAAUGGAAGUUAUGACUCCUUCUACAGACUCUCCUGACGAAGGAUGCAUAGCGAUCGAGUUCCAUAUGCCUCCUAUUUGUUCUCCAACUGUUCGUCCUGGAAGACCAGCUGAAGCUGCUCCUGUCAUUUCAAAGCGUCUCUCCGAUACUAUCUUAAGUUCUGGAAUGAUUGAUCUUAAAGAACUCUGCCUAGUUAGUGGUAAAGCUGCUUGGAUGAGUUAUCUGGAUAUAUAUUGCCUGGACGCUGAUGGUUCUCUCUUUGACGCUGCUCUGCUCUCUGCUGUUGCAGCCUUUUCCAAUUUGAAAAUUCCGGUUGUUGCUUUGAACGACAAUGGAAGAAUAGUUGCCAUUAAUGGAGAAGGAGAAGAAGAGAGCAAUGCAUCGAAGAAGGAAGCAGUGAACAAGGAGAAGAGAAAACUCACGCUUAAGAACGUCCCUUCCUCUCUAACUUGCAUACUCCACAAGAGCUACAUCUUAGCUGACCCAACGGCAGAAGAAGAAUCGAUCAUGGACACUCUCGUCACCGUUGUUUUAGAUUCCUCGGAUCAAAUGGUUUCUUUCUAUAAGUCAGGAGGAAACGUUCUUGCUUAUUCAUCAGCCAUCAAGAGCUGUGUUGAGUUAGCAAAGAAGAGAGGUAAAGAGCUUAAGCAGAUUUUGGGAGAGAUGGAUAUCGACUGA